AUGCCGGAGCCCUCGUCUCCAACUGCCUUAACCUACCCCCACGUCCCUAACUCGGAAUGCGCGCGGCCGGCGCACACGCCGGCCCUGUCGCCCGCCGAGCUGGCCACGCCGUGGCCGCGCAGUCCCAGCCAGGACGCGCCUAUGCACCAUGCGCCCAUGGACGGACCAUCCAGCACAGAGCUGUACCACGUCGACCUCGACAACUGGUACCCGGCAUACGAGGCGUGUGUGCGAUUCUUCCUCGACGAGGGCCAGCACACGGGCGCCGUGCAAUCGCUCGCUGCCUUUCUCAACAUCCGCCUGCCGAGCCAGCGGGCAACAGACGCGAUCACAUGCUUCUCGCCGGCCGCGACACGCGUGUCGCUGCGCGCAUACAUCCGGCGGCUGGUGGUCACGGCGCACGACACGCCGGCCGUGCUGCGGGCGUUCUUCGGGUCGGAGUGGACGGCAGGCGUGGCGACGACAUGGCAGCAGGAGCGCAUCAAUUACCUGUUUACGGCCAAGAGCGGCGGGUGGGCGGCGACCAAGGCGGCGUACGACGAGCGCCCGGACGAGCAGACACCAUUCCUGCGGCCGCUGCGCGCGCCGACGGAGGAGGAGCUACGCAUGGCGGAAUCGCGGUGGAGUGAGUGGUUGGCGAUGGAAGAUUGGAUGGUGGGCCCGCGCAGUCCGUGGUAG